CCUCUGGUCAAUCCCGUCGUCUACUCUUUCUCUCUUGUUUCUCUUUCUUCUCGCCAGAAGAGAAUUUUCGUUAAAAAAAAGAAAACCAAAAACUUUUUCGAAAAAGCUCAAAAUGGAUCAGAUCGAGUCCGUCGUGGAGUACAAUGGCUUCGAAACCACCAACGGAAACUCCCACGCCGACCACGGGUGGAAGAAAGUCGUCUACCCGAAACGCAACCGGAAGCAGAAACCGUCGGAUCAGACGGCGGCGGCGACGAACGGAGCCCACGCAUUAUCAUCCAACGGAGACAACGUCUUCCGCUCCCUCGAGGAGCAAACCGAAGAUCGCCGUCGACGGAUCCUCGCCGCGAGGAAGGCCGCCGACGCCUCGGAAGACUCCGAUCUGGCGAGAUCCAAACGCCGAUCCGACGGGUACGGUUUCGACGAGGGGUACGGUUUCGACGAGAGCGACGGUGAGAUCGAUAAGGAGAAUGCGAAGGUGGUGGUGGAGAAGGUGAAGAAGGUGAAGAAGGAGAAGAAGCCUAAGGUGACUUUAGCUGAAGCUGCUGGGAAGAUUGACGCGUCGAAUCUCGAAGCUUUCCUCGUCGAAGCUUCGGAAUCGUAUGGGAGUCAGCCGGAGAUUCAGAUGAUGAGAUUUGCUGAUUACUUUGGGAGAGCUCUCUCUGGAGUCUCUUCAUCUCAUUUCCCUUGGGUCAAGACCUUCAAGGAGUCUCCUUUGUCUAAGCUCAUCGAUAUGCCUCUGUCUCAUAUCCCUGAAGCUGUUAAUAAGACAUCAGGGGAUUGGAUCAACCAACGGCCUAUUCAGGCACUUGGAACGUUUGUAUUGUGGGCAUUGGAUUGCAUUCUUGCUGACUUGGCUGUACAGCAAGGAGGCGCCAAGGGUGGUAAGAAGGGCGGCGCACAACAUGCUACUUCAAAGUCUCAGGUUGCGAUAUUUGUGACGGUGGCAAUGGUAUUGCGCAGGAAGCCUGAUGCUCUAGCUAAUGUAUUGCCAAUUUUGAGGGAGAAUCCCAAGUAUCAAGGACAUGAUAAGCUUCCAGUUACAGUUUGGAUGAUGGCUCAGGCCUCUCAAGGUGAUCUAUCAGUAGGCUUGCUCUCGUGGGCGCACAACCUGUUACCGGUUGUUAAUAGCAAGAGUUGCAACCCUCAGUCAAGAGAUCUCAUCCUUCAGUUGGUUGAGAGGAUCUUGUCCAACCCGAAGGCCAGGACCAUUCUUGUAAGUGGGGCUGUUAGGAAGGGAGAGAGAUUGAUUCCUCCUCCUUCGUUUGAGAUCUUAAUGAGACUUACUUUCCCUGCAUCAUCCGCAAGAGUGAAGGCUACAGAGAGGUUUGAGGCAAUAUAUCCCUUGUUGAAAGAUGUGUCUCUCGCUGGUGCAGCUGGGAGUAAGGCAAUGAAGCAAACCACUCAGCAAAUAUUCACUUUUGCUCUGAAAGCAGCUGGGGAAGGGAAUCCCGUAUUAGCCAAGGAAGCGGCUGCAGUCGCUAUCUGGGCCAUAACCCAAAACGUUGAUUGCUGCAAGCACUGGGAGAAUCUCUAUAACGAGAAUCUGGAAGCAAGUGUUACUGUUCUCAAAAAGUUCAUAGACGAGUGGAAGGAGCGUUCUGUCAAGCUGACUCCUAGUGAAACCCUCACUCUGAACAGAACAAUGAAGAGCCUGAGGCUAAAGAACGAGGAAGCUCUUGCUGAAGGAGGAGCCAGUGGUGCAAGCCAGUCACUUUACAAAGAUGCAGACAAAUGCUGCAAGGUGAUCUCCGGGAAACUAUCCAGUGGGAGUGGCUACUUCAAAGGUAUAGCUAUCGCUGCAAUUCUGGCAGCUGCAGGUGCUGCUGCUCUGUCUGCCAACCCGGAUGCUAUAGACGAGCUGAAGAGCCAGGUGGAAUCGUUGGAUCUCAGCAAAUUGACUGAGUCAGUAAUGACAGCUUUUAAGAACUAAAGAUGAAAACACAGUUGGGGGGUGGGGGCGAUGAGCAAGAGAAAGUAAGUCUCUCUCCUUAUCGUUGUGGGUGUAGAGAAAUGUUUGAAAAGCUCUUGUCUUUUUUAUGCUCUCUGAUGACAAAGUUUCUGAAACCUGACCAGAAGAAUUAUUAGUGGGAGGUUAGGGUGAUGAGUUGUAGAAGUGGGGGGAGUUUGUUCAAACAAGUUGUAGAAGGUGUUGAGAAUGUUGUUUCUAACUUGAGAUAAUUGCUGUUUUUAUGUUCUUUUGUUUUUUUUUUCUUUUCCAGAAACAAUAAAAGUUAUAUUUGAGUUUUGCUCUUA